CCCUACUAGGUUCGAAGGAACCCAGCACCAGCGCCUGGGUUCCUCGAACCCAGGCGUGGGUCGAGGAACCCAAGACGCCGGGUUCGAGGAACCCAGGCCUGGGUUCCUUCGAACCCAGCACGCCUGGGUUCGAUGGAACCCAGGCGCGGGUUCCUCAAACCCAGGCGUUGGGUUCCGAACCCAGAGCCUGGGUUUGAGUCGAACCCGCCUGGGUUUUUUUGUUGUGUUUCUUUGUUGGCUUGCAAUCAUGCUUGAAUGGGAUUUAGAGUUUUUUGUUGCUUCUGAUUGCUUGAAUUUCCAGAUCUAGUUACUGUCGAUGUUGAUUGAAGGAAUGUUGUGUUUUCUUUACAGAUUUGAUAUACAUUUGUAGAGGAAUUGAUUUUUUGAAUCAGAUCUAUUGGUCAUUAUUAUUAUUGUGCGAGGAACCAGAUUUGAGUUCUAUUAGAGAGGAGGUUUGGGGAAGAAGUAGAUGGUGAUUGGAGUGGUAAUAGAUGAUCGGAGCAAUG